AUCCUCCAUCCCCUCAAACAUAGUUCUCUACCUUUUAUCCCAAAAGAUAACCAAAAACAAACCUCUUGAUUCUGGUCAUUCUCUUCCUUUCACUGCAACAACAAUAACAACAACAAAACCUUAUUCCUCUCCUUUACAAUUUCUUUAACGUUUUUUUCUUUUCUGCUAUUCCCAAUCCCUAAACACCAUCUCACGUUUAGAUUAUAUAGCUUUCUACUUUGUCUCCGAGUUCCUGCGGGCACCUUAUAUCCCUUUUACCCCAACCAAAGUCCUUAAAUUUUAUUUUAUUUAUAUUUAGCGUCACAAACAAUACACGAGUAAAUAUUGCCUUUUUUAAAAAAAGUACAAAUACCUCAAACGUCUCCCUUGGACACACAAAGGGCUACAUUAAGCUCUUUAGAACAUAGAAAUGAAAGAAGGCCUCCCGGGUUCAAACGAUUCUACUGAACAAAUGAACGGAUGGGCCUGUAGGUGCGUUUUUACAAUUCAUGUGAACCCGUACGCUAAGGCCCUCUGUCACUGCGGGCUUCGCUGCCCCCCUGAAGGUCUUUGUCAGCAAAAAUCUGGCUUGUCUUCUACAGCUCUGAAGCGCACACUUAAACCCACUCCCUCGGUCUCUGACCGAAGGCAGGUAUGAGAUUCUCGCGAGCUCUCGGAUCUGCGCGGAAAACGCGCUCGAGGCAGUUCUCUGACGCAUUUCCGGAGCGCUAGGGAAGAGGGAAGUAGUGGUGGUCGCGGGGGAGUCGGAAAGAUGGUGGUUACCAGAUCCGCACGGGCUAAGGCCAGCAUCCAAGCCGCGUCGGCUGAAAGUUCCGGGCAGAAGGUAGGAAAUCCAGUCUUUCCUACUUCUCCCCGCUUCGCAGAGCGGCGCUCAGGCAGGCGGGGCGGCGCAAGGGUCCGCUUAAGGGUGAGGACUGCCGACAGAGGACCCCAGCUUGCCGCGCGCUUGGGUUUCCCAGGCCCCGUGCUAAGACUGUCACGAAAAUUAGCCCUCACCACUGUCUUUUAAGGCAGUUUUUAGUAUGGAAGAGAGGUUAGAUAACUUUCUUUGGGUCGUUCAACUCCUUAAUGCAGAAGCAUAGUUCAAGCUUUUUAAACCAUACUGUUAAACACGGUACCAAGGAGGGUUAAUUUCGGCCACCAUGCACAAGCCCCAUUUAGGGGAAUUGGAAAAAAAAUCUUCGUUUUCACGUGGGGAGGCUGGCAGCUGUCCAGCGUCACCUCCUUAAGGCGUGAGGAGGGCUGUGGUGUCGUCACCUGGUGACUCUUAGUGGCGUCAGUCGGCUGUCUCAUUCUAACUCUGCGAUGCAGGGAACGGAGCGGCGGCGAUUUUUUCCUUACGUAAAGAGUUCUGCUGCUAAUGGGAUUCAAGCGCAUCCAGAAAGUAGUACUGGAUCUGAUGCCCGAACUACUGCUGAAUCACAGACCACUGGGAAACAAAGUUCAAUCCCUAGAACUCCUAAAGCUAGAAAGAGGAAGAGCAGAACUAUAGGCUCAUUACCAAAGGGUACUGAACCAUCUACAGAUGGAGAGACCUCUGAGGCAGAGUCAAAUUAUUCUUCUGGGUCUGAGCACCAUGAUAUCAUUUUAAGGGUAACUAGGAGAAGGCAGAUCUUAAUUGCAUGCUCCCCAGUGUCUAGUGUUAGGAAAAAGCCGAAAGUAACUCCAACAAAGGAGUCUUACACUGAAGAAAUAGUCUCUGAAGCAGAAUCUCAUGUUUCAGGUAUUUCUAGAAUUAUGUUUCCCACAGAAAAAACGACAGGAACCAGAAGAAGUAAGGCUAAAUCUCUGACAGAUCCAAGCCAAGAAUCUCAUACAGAAGCUAUAGCUGUUGCUGAGACAUCAAGCUCAGACAUUUCGUUCUCUGAAAUUGCAACUAGAAAAACCAGGAGUAUGCAGAGGAAAUUAAAGGCACAAACUGAAAAGAAAGAUAGUAAGAUUGUACCAGGAAAUGAGAAACAGAUCGUGGGCACACCUGGGAAUUCAGAGGAUUCAGAUACCAGACCAACUUCCCAUUUACAAGCAAGAUCUCUUUCUGAGAUAAAUAAGCCAAAUUUCUAUAAUAAUGACUUCGAUGAUGAUUUCUCCCACAGAAGUUCAGAAAAUAUAUUAACAGUGCAAGAACAGGCCAAUGUUGAAUCUCUUAAAGAAACAAAACAGAAUUGUAAGGAUUUGAAUGAAGAUGCCAAUGGAAUAACAGAUGAGGGGAAAGAAAUUAAUGAGAAAAGUUCUCAGCUGAAGAAUCUUUCUGAACUUCAGGACAUUAGCCUUCAACAGUUACUUUCUCAGCGACAUUCAACCCCCCAAAAUAAAAAUGCUGUAUCAGUGCACUCUAAUCUGAACUCUGAGGCUGUAAUGAAAUCAUUAACUCAAACAUUUGCUACUGUGGAAGUAGGCAGAUGGAAUGACAAGAAAAAGAGCCCCAUAAAAGCAAGUGACCUGACAGAGUUUGGUGAUUGUGGUGGUAGUGAUGAUGAAGAAGAGUCCACAGUUAUAAGGGUCAGUGAAGACAUGAACAGUGAAGGGAAUGUAGAUUUUGAAUGUGAUACCAAACUAUACACAUCUGCGCCCAGCACAUCUCAGGGUAAAGAUAAUUCUGUCUUAUUAGUUCUCAGCAGUGAUGAAAGCCAACAGUCUGAAAACAGUGAGAAUGAAGAGGAUACUUUAUGUUUUGUUGAAAAUAGUGGCCAAAGGGAGUCAUUAAGUGGAGACACAGAAAGUCUGUCAUGUGACAAUGCAUUGUUUGUAAUUGACACAACUCCUGGAAUGAGUGCUGAUAAAAAUUUUUACUUGGAAGAGGAAGACAAGGCAAGUGAGAUUGCCACUGAGGAAGAAAAAGAAGAGGAAGAGGGUGAAAAAAGUGAAGAAGAUUCAUCAGACCAUGACGAAAAUGAAGAUGAGUUUAGUGAUGAAGAAGACUUACUAAAUAGCACAAAGGCUAAACUUCUAAAGUUGACAAGCAGCAGCAUAGACCCUGGUCUGAGUAUCAAGCAGUUGGGUGGUUUGUAUAUUAAUUUCAAUGCAGAUAAACUACAGUCCAACAAGAGAACCCUAACACAGAUCAAGGAGAAAAAGAAAAAUGAGCUUCUGCAGAAAGCUGUCAUUACACCUGAGUUUGAAAAAAACCACUGUGUUCCACCAUAUAGUGAAUCAAAGUAUCAACUUCAGAAAAAACGCAGAGAAGAACGACAAAAAACAGCAGGGGAUGGCUGGUUUGGUAUGAAAGCUCCAGAAAUGACAAAUGAACUGAAAAAUGAUCUCAAAGCACUGAAGAUGAGAGCCAGCAUGGACCCAAAAAGAUUUUACAAGAAAAAUGAUAGAGAUGGCUUCCCCAAGUACUUCCAGAUUGGAACCAUUGUUGACAAUCCAGCUGAUUUCUACCAUUCACGAAUUCCCAAGAAGCAAAGGAAAAGAACUAUUGUGGAAGAACUGCUGGCUGAUUCUGAGUUCAGAAGAUACAACCGAAGGAAGUACUUAGAGAUCAUGGCUGAAAAAGCAGCAAAUGCAGCAGGAAAAAAGUUCCGAAAGAAGAAGAAAUUUCGCAAUUAAGAUUUACCAAGCAAACUGCUACAUUUUACAUCGCUCCUUUAUUUGCUUAUUAAAGGCGUUUUGAAAACUAACA